AUACAUCAAACAUGGCGUCGAAUUCAAGCGAAGAAGUAAUAACUGAGUUACUAGAUCAACAAUCAAUUAAAAAAGAUAAAGAUGUGGAGGAACUUUAUUUAGCAAAGAGAAAUUUGACAGAAGUGUGUGAUUUGAGACAGUUUAGAUUUUUGAAAUAUUUAUGGUUAAAUGGAAACAAGCUUAGAAGAAUAAGUUGUUUAGAAGGAAACUGUCGAUUGGUGGAACUUUAUUUACAAAAUAAUCAACUUGUGUCUAUAGAUGGGGCGUUACGUCACCUUACUUGUUUAAAAUUACUCUUUCUUCAUAAUAACCAGCUGCGAAAACUAGACCUUGUUUUAAAUGAGUUGAAAAAGAUGACCUGUUUAGAUACAUUAAGUUUAUUUGAUAAUCCACUGUCCCAAGAACCAGAUUAUAGAAUCCAUGUUUUAAAUUCCAUCAAAUCACUUCAAAUAUUAGAUAGACAAGAGGUGUCAAAAUCUGAACGAGAUGUAACCAAGAAAAUUUACCAACAAGAAGCAGAACAUAUAUCACAGACCAUUGCAUUCGGGCGUCGUACUCAGGGGCCUCCUAAAUUAUACCACGUCUUUACAGAUUCACAGAAUAAAACAACCAAAUUUGAAAUAGACGAAUUCGAUGAUAUGGUGGCAUCUGGAGAAGGUAUAACGUUUUUAUCCGACAACAACGAGGAACUACUUAAUAGAUUACGAGUAAUAUUAGCGGCAAUGAAGGAAGGACAUCGAUCGCACAGACAAUAUCAUGAAGUAAAUUGUAUAUUAAAAAGACUCCUAGAAAAGGGUAUUAUAGAUAAAAAUGACUAUAAAAGCGUGAUUAAAGAUGUCAAAUAA